CCCUCAACAUCGACAGCCAGCAGAGCCUUUACGUGUCUCGGGGACCAUGCGUACCCCUUCUUCCCUGCGCCUGCGUCCCACCUGUUGGCUGUAUUGUAUCCGUAAUCUCCCAGCACGCCUGCUGCUCAGCAGUCCCAGAGGGCUGUCAAUCAUCCUAGCCCUACUCUGCGGUUUCCCAGGGGUCCAGCUGUGACCCUGAACCUGCUCGCGGAGCUUCCAGCGCGCACAUUUUUUUUCUGCACACGCUAUUCGGUUCAGAGCAACCUCUGGGGGAGAGUUUUACGAGGAAAUGACAUUGGAGCGACCUCGACCAUGGGAAGGGGCUCAGGUGUGGGGCCAGUAGAGCUGAGAGGGAGCACUUAAGAGAGGCUGGAGCUGCCAUAUUGUAUUAUGGGAGAUGCCUAAAGACCAGCUGGGCUGGUGCAAGAUUUUUUUUCUUGAGGCGUGGGUGGCAGGAGCUGUGAUCAGGGGAACGCGCCGAAGACAGUUUAUAAUAAAAGGCGUAUCCCAUAAAUUUAAAGGGGCCACCGGUGAGUCCAAGCCGGGCUGCGAAGGCGCACUGUGGCGGCGGUGAAACGGGUGUUUAGAAGAAUGCGAGGCUGAGGUUUUCCUCAAACGGAUUGAACAUGCUCCAGAGCUUCGCUAACAUGGACAGCAUUCUCCUGAAAGAUGAAGACCCUGGCAAACAGAUCAAGCAUGGCGACAAAGUACAGAAAGGUUUUACCGCUGCGUACCCAACUCAAGCCUCCAUUCCUUAUAAAUACAGAAUGUCAAUAAUCCCAGAGUCAGAAAAAAAGGGAUUUAACAGCCAAGCCAGGAGAUUCUAUCACAAAAAGGACGACAUCCCAGGCCCUGGGUUCUACAACGUCAUCCACCAGUCUCCAGUGUUCAACAAUGUCUCUCUUUCCAAGAGAGGAACCUGCACUUUUCCCUCCACGUGUGCCCGGCUGGGCAACAUCAUUUCUAAAUAUCCUGCUGCCAAUGCCUACACCAUCCCCUCAGAGUUGGUUUCCAAGAAGGACUUCAGCAAUUCCUGUUCCAGCAUGUUCCAGCUGCCAAGCUUCAUGAAAGUGGUCAAAUCAGAAACCCCUGCCCCAAACCAGUACCAUGCGGCCAGCGCCAGCUGCAAACAGAGAAGCAAUCUCUCUGCUCGAGUUGGGUUUCUGUCAAAAACAGAAAGAGGAGUCUUCCCCUUGGCCUGCUCGGCAGGGCCAGCUCCAGGGCAUUACAACGUCAAUGAAUCUUUGGUAAAGCAGUCGCCAAAGAUCUUAGUGUCCUGCUUCAAAUCCAAAACUAGCCGUGGGUUAAAACUGACAUCAACAGGCCCAGGGCCUGGCUACUACAACCCCAAUGAACACACCAAGAUUCUGAAAAAGCCUCAUAUCCCGAAAGGUGCGCUCCUGAACUUUUCUGCCCACCCUCUGCCUCUGCCCCCAAAGCCGCCUCUCCCUGGUCCUGGUCAGUACGAGAUUGUGGACUACGAGGGACCCCCUAAGCAUUUCAUCUCCAGUGCGUCAUUUGUGUCCAAUACCAGCCGGUGGCCAGUACUGUCAUCCAAACCAAGCCUGCCCGGCCCAGCCACAUACAAGCCAGAGAUCCCAGGGAAGCAGUCCUUCCUCUACAAUGAGGACAACAAAUGGAUCCCAGCCAUCUAGUGAUGCCACAGAAGCUGGCGGGAGGCUCCUCCAGCCAGGCCCCCGACCCUGCUCCCCAAAACAUCCAUCAGCAGAACACGCCUUUCCUCUGUCACCCAGCCCGGGGUCACAUACUGUCUGGAGCUGCCUUCUGGGGACUGGCCACCCCUGCCCCUCCCAUGCAUUCCUGAACAGAAAGGAGGAGCAGGCAGAGUUCUCUGGCUACCUCGAUGUCAGCCUUCAAGCUGGUUUUGGUGACUCGCCUCCCCAGAGUUAAGGGAUCUUGAAGCACGGACUCUGAUGUGGCGCCCCAGCCUACUGCCGAGACAGCCUGUGGUGAAUUCCUUGCUUAGAAGCCAGUCAGCCAGGACUCUGAGACCUGGUCCAUGGGCCCUGACCUCCAAUUGCCCUUGACUUCUGGGAGGCAGGAGGCUUGGAGGUGCCUGCAACAGAAACACAGGGAUAUUCCCUGGGCACCCCUGCCCUCAGCUAUGACUUGUUAUCACACAGUAAGAACAUGGAAACCGGUCAUGAAUCACUCAUCAACCAUGGACUUGUAGGCUCUGUAUUCAUCAGCAGACAAGGCAGGACCCAGCUGGAGCUGGAGGCCUGGAACCAUGGUCCCCAGCGCAGGGAGGACCUGUGUCCCUUCCUGCAUGUUCUCACUUCCCCAACCUUGCCUCGCCUUCCUGACUUCCCACUCCAGUUCUGAGAAAGCAUCAGUUUCUAAGUUGAACGGUGUCUCUAACAGACCAUGGCAAUGGCUAGAGGAAGAGCUGACCAAGAACCGAGACGAAAUUAAACUGAUCAUACAUCUUCUCUUUCCCCAGAUGUUGAUAAUGUGUGCCACUUUUCUAGAUGGAAUCCUCCUGGGCUCCCUUCCCUCCUCCAGCCCCUGAUCCUCUUCUGGGAUGCCUGGGCCUCUUGCUUCCCAGGGCCCCUUCCUUGAAGUUCUCCGGGAACUAUGCAUCCUGGGCCUCCCAUCCAGACUGGCUUCCUGAUUGGCUUUUCUCUUGGGGUUGGGGCGGGGCAUGAGGAAGAGGGAGGGAAGGGAUGAAGAAACUUAUCCAAAUAAAUGGAAUUAUUGCUUCUCACA